GGCGGUAGGGACCGGAGUGUAGCUGUUCUACAGGCGGCCAUUCCUGACCCACACUUUGCGGAGAUACAGCCACCGCACAACCCACUCUCACAUCUGGUCUCUUACUCCUUUAAACCUUCUCGUGGAUGGGGUUGGGGGUUAUGGCUGGCUGAGGCGUACAGGGCCGGAGCUGCGCGUGCCAGCUCCUCGGGGACCAUUAAAGGGGACUCGAGUUCCGCCUCAAUCCUCCCUGCUGCCUCACACCUUCGGACUUUUCUUGGCCCACGGGGCACGUAGCCACGCACUCACCCGGAGGACCCUUGCUGUCGGCUGUGCAGGAUGAGAAUUUCACCAUGGCUCCAGGCCGGUGAUCCCUCCCAGCUCCAGAGGAACAGGAGGUCCGCCUCUGCAGGACGCCUCGCUAUGAAUGACCGAAGCAGCCGUAGGCGGACAAUGAAGGACGAAGAGACCUUUGAGAUCUCCAUCCCCUUCGAAGAGGCACCCCACUUAGACUCGCAGGUCUUCUACAGUCUGAGUCCCUCUCAGAGACAUUUUGAGGAGCCUGCAGAGGCCAGCUCCCCGACCCUGGCCCUGAUGAACAGCGUCAAGGCCCAGCUGCACAUGGCCCUGGAGAGGAACUCGUGGUUGCAGAAGCGCAUUGAGGACCUGGAGGAGGAGAGGGACUUUCUGCGGUGUCAGCUGGAUAAAUUCAUUUCCUCAGCCCGGAUGGAUGCAGAGGACCACUGCCGGAUGAAGCCUGGGCCACGGAGGGUUGACGGGGACAGCCGGGCUGGGGCUGGGGGAGAAGCUUCAGACCCUGAGUCAGCAGCCUCCUCCUUCAGCGCGGCGUCCGAAGAGGGCAGUGCCAGUGAAAGGAAGAGGCAGAAGCAGAAGGGAAGCACCGGCCGGAGGCGAUUUGGGAAGCCCAAGGCUCGAGAGAGGCAGCGGGUGAAGGACGCCGAUGGGGUCCUCUGCCGCUACAAGAAGAUCCUGGGCACCUUCCAGAAGCUGAAGAGCAUGUCCCGAGCCUUCGAGCACCACCGCGUGGACCGGAACACCGUGGCGCUGACCACGCCCAUCGCGGAGCUGCUCAUCGUGGCCCCCGAGAAGCUGGCCGAGGUGGGCGAGUUCGACCCGUCCAAGGAGCGCCUGCUCGAGUACUCCCGCCGCUGCUUCCUGGCGCUGGACGACGAGACUCUCAAGAAGGUGCAGGCUCUCAAAAAGAGCAAGCUCCUCCUGCCCAUCACCUACCGCUUCAAGCGGUGAUGCCGCCGGCGCGCACGCCUCCCCGCCCCGCAGACCCCGCAGACGGCCCCGCAGGCGGCUCGCAAGGCCGGGGGCCCGCACCCCCGGGGCCACCCCGCAGGGGCGGCCAGCUCGGCCCCCGAGCCAGGAGGAGCCCACCUGCACCUUACACGGAGACAGAGCAUUAUUCAGAGAAUUUAAAUUAAAGAGACAUGAACGUUUUCAAUA